AAAGCGCCAUUAAGCGUCAUUAGAAUAACCACAACAGUUCUGUUGGACUCGAUUUAUAUUUUUGUAAUAUAUUAAAUACUGUGUGACAUAUUAUGUAUACACUGUAAUAAUCUGGAUUAUCAGCGUUAUUUUGUUAAUCCCAACAACAUGACCUCAUUGCUGAUUUUACUGAGACGGUGUACUAUAAAUAUCAAAAAUAAUGGAGGAAUAUUUACAGGCAAAGGUCUAUCAUGGAUUCAUCUUGACCACAGGAAGGUUUCAGACAAAUUUCUCGGUGUUCAAAAGCUGGACCAGGAAGGACAUGUACACCCAGGUUUGGGAUGUUGGAAAAGCUUCCUUAGAAGUUUUUUUGGAGGAGGCCAUGACGGUUCGAAACAGAUUAUGACUUUAGAGGACAUUGCGAAAGGAAUCAGAGAACGAGAGUUCAAACGGAUUGUGGUGAUGGCCGGAGCAGGGAUUAGUACUCCAAGUGGAAUUCCAGAUUUCAGGUCACCUGGAAGUGGCCUUUACGACAACCUUCAAAAGUAUAACCUUCCCUAUGCAGAGGCCAUAUUUGAGAUUAACUAUUUCCAUCACAACCCUCAACCUUUCUUUGCCUUGGCUAAAGAGUUGUAUCCAGGGAAUUAUCGUCCCAAUCUGACACACUACUUCAUCCGGCUGCUUCAUGACAAAGGCCAGCUGCUCAGGAUGUACACUCAGAACAUUGAUGGACUAGAGAGGAUGGCAGGAAUCCCAGCUGAGAAGUUAGUGGAAGCACAUGGGACCUUUGCGACAGCCACGUGCACGGUUUGCCUACGAGAAUACCAAGGUGAAGAGCUACGCAGUGAUAUAAUGGAAGGAACAGUUCCUCACUGCUCUCAGUGUAGAGGAGUCAUCAAGCCUGACAUCGUGUUUUUUGGUGAAGAACUGCCGCAGAACUUUUUCUUCUACCUCACCGACUUCCCCAUGGCAGACUUACUGAUUGUAAUGGGAACAUCUUUAGAGGUGGAACCGUUUGCCAGCUUAUCCGGAGCUGUGCGAGAUUCUGUGUCUCGCCUCCUUAUAAACCGUGAUCUGGUGGGACCCUUUGCCUGGGGCCCUUCACGGCACAGUGACGUGGUAGAGCUGGGUGAUGUAGUGAGUGGCGUCAGGAACCUGGCAGACGCUUUGGGCUGGAUGCCUGAGCUGGAAACUCUUAUGGCUGAUGAAGGUCAGAAGGCUUCAAAGACGAGAGAGGAAUGACUACGCGGAUGUGAGAGACUAGCUUCAUUUGUCGCAUCCUCUCAGUCAUUUCGUGGCUGUGAUGUGUCUCAGCUCGACGUCCAAGGCACCAUGACAACCUCUACAGAGUCGAAGUUUAAUGAACACUAAUGUUUUACAGCCUCGGCGUUCAUAUGGAACUAUGGGUACUAUGUUCAUAUGGAUAAUGGUGUGCACGAUGAGCUGUUUU